AUGUGAUCAGUCGACGGGCCGUCGCGCGCCGAGCAACAGUGGAACGUUGGUUCUGCGCAAGAAUCGAAUUUCGUGUCACGCGCCACAUACUUCCGAGACGUUGACAACUCAACGCACUGUUUCCGUUCCUCGAUGAAGUACGCAACCGUGAUAAUAAACGCGCACCGAUUCGACAGCUGGAAUAGCGUUCGAAGAACGGAUACGCACGAAGGUAGAUGCGGCACGUGAAUGUUAUUUGUUGAUGUUUUCGUGUCUCAAUAAAGCGCGAGGACUCGAUAACAUUACUCACGUGCGAAAAGAAAUCAUUCGGAGAAUGAAGACGAUUUAAACGCCGGUGUUGAAAUUUAUUUGCGCGCGAAAUCGAUAUGUAUGAAAUUGUCACUCGGAAGUGAUAAACGAAAAGAAACACUUGUGCGCACACAAAAUGAGGACGCGUGAUCGCGCGUGAUUUUAACGAAGACAAGAUCAGAGAUUUCGAUUCAAAAUUGUGUGAAACAAACGGGUAGUAAUUUCGGAGCAAAUCGUGCGCGCGCGCGCGCGACGUGAAGUUGUCGUCGCGGGGUAGUUGUGUCACGUGAUAAUUCUCCCCGCGGAAGAAGACUGAAAUUCGCGCGAGUCUGUCGCGGCGAGGUGUGUUAUGGUCCGCGUGCAGUUUUCAUUCGCGGAACGAAACAAGGGCGGCGAUGAAGCGACGUGGUUGCCGGUGAGCGAUCCCGGUGAGGAUAAAUGCGCGGCGGAACAAGUGUGGCCCUGCAAUUUCACUAGCCCCCAGGCACCUCGUUCGGCGCUCGUUGGCGCGGGGCACGCUACCACCGGUAUGAUUCCACGGGGUUUGUCGAGACGCGGCCUCCAGGCACUAGUCCUCGUAAUCGCCACUGCCUACGCAACGAUUCUCCUCUACCAGGCUGUUGCACAACGCCAGUGGAUCGACGAGAUCAACGUGGCGGAUGCAAGCAGCCGAAGUGUGAUGGUGGAAGUGCCGGCGUCGAGGAAGCUAAUCGGCGAUGAGUCGCCGGUGACGCCUCCGGUGGCUACGGCGACCGUCGCUCCGUUUGUCACAAGUCUCGACAACGUGUUUAUCAGCGUCAAGACCACCAAGCACUAUCAUCAUUCGCGUCUGCCGGCCAUCAUCGACACGUGGUUCCAAUUCGCCAAGAAUCAGACCUGGUUCUUCACCGACAGAGAUGAUCCGUAUUUUCAAAACCAAACCAACGGCCACAUGAUCAAUACCAAGUGCUCGUCUUCGCACAAUCGGCGGGCCCUUUGCUGUAAGAUGUCCGUGGAAUUCGACCGAUUUCUCGACAGCGGCCGAAAGUGGUUCUGUCACUUCGACGACGACAACUACGUGAACGUGCCGCGCCUGUUGAAACUCCUGGACAAUUAUAAUCCGCGCGAGGAUUGGUACCUCGGCAAGCCCUCGAUACCUGCGCCCUUGGAGAUUAACAGACAAGGACCGGAGCCGCAAAAGCGACCGCAAAAGGUGAAGUUCUGGUUCGCCACAGGCGGCGCCGGAUUCUGCAUCAGUCGCGCAUUGGCGCUGAAGAUGACACCGAUUGCCGGUGGCGGAAAGUUCAUCACCGUUGGUGACAGAAUUAGAUUACCGGACGACGUCACGAUGGGAUAUAUCAUCGAGUAUCUUCUAAAAAAGCAACUCACAGUGGUGGAGCAGUUUCACUCGCAUUUGGAGCCAAUGAAGUUUCUGAACAAGGAUACUUUCCAUGAGCAGGUGUCUUUCAGUUAUUCUAAAGGACCGAGAGACGAAUGGAAUAUCCUGAAGAUCGACGGUUUCGAUAUGAAGAACGACCCAAAAAGAUUUAAAUCCAUCCAUUGCCACUUGUUUCCGUACGUAUCCUACUGCCCGCACAGAUGAUGAAGAUCAGUGCGACGAACGUAUGUAAUUGAAAAAACAAAGCAAAAGAAAGCAAAUAGAGCGAUUUCUUGUUGUUAGACAAAAUUAUAAGGGAGGCACCAAUGGCAAACUUUUAUUUUGUUUGUGUAGAAUUUUUUAUCCACUAAUAACAUUUUAUUUUUGUGAAAAAGUUUUGUGUCUUUUUUCAACUUGUAAAAGAAAAAAACGCAUGUGUUAAAAGUAACAUUACGGGGCUAUGAUUCUUGUUGAUCCGAGGAAUGUACAUAAAGGCAGGUAAAGUUUUGUCAUUGAUGUUUCAUAAUCACUGAUCUGUGUAAUUAAUACUUACAUGUAGGUAAAAAUUGGCGAGGAAAUAGAAGAAUAAGAAGAAACACGGUAAGCAAGAAUGAUAAAAAAUAGAACUACAACGUAUUUCUUGUAUUUUUUUCUUUUUUCGCGAGAAUGGGAAUUUACAAUCUCGCGCAGACGCAUAAAACAGCUGUGCAAUACACAAUAUAGAACAUUCUUGUACAUAAGAUAAGCUUGUACAUAUAUACAUAUAUAACGUAACUGUGUAAUUCACUGAGACGGCCUCGUCGCGUGAAAUGAAAUUAAGCUAGUCCUUUGCAGAAAGACAAACAGUUGUAUAUAAUGUGAUAUUUACCGCGUGCUAGUGCUCACUUGGAUGUACGUACAUGUGUAUAAUCUUCAAUCUCUCAUAUAUAUUAUAUUAUAUUAUAUUAUCGUAUAUAUGCAUGUAUGUGUGUGUAUAUACGUAUGUGCAUAUAUAUAUAUAUAUAAAACACACAUAAAAAAAAAAAAUAGAAGAGUUUUGCAUUUCACUCUCCUAGGUAUCUUAUCUAAAUUUUCUUGGUAUCUUCUAGAAUAUUUAUAAGUCGAAUCUUAAAUAUUUGUGUGCAAUAUGAAAUAUUAUACGAGUUGUUUAUUUUCAAAAUAUAAUAUAAUGCCAGAUCGCUUUCGAUUCUUUGCAGACACAAUUGAACAGAAAAUGUGUAUUAAUUAAUUAUAUAUAAUUCAUAAUAUAAUUAAUAAUACAAUUAAUUCCAUAUAAUAUGUAUAAUUAUUUUAUAUAAUUUAUGUAUGAUUCUAUGCAUCAAUUUCUCUAGCUAAAAGUAUCAAAAAAAUAACUUCAAUUUGAAAAUACUAGCACAACACAGGCGCGCGCUACGCGCACGCUAUUGUUAUUUU